AUGUCAUCACGUGGCAAAUACGGCAAGUGGAGCACAGAAGAUUUGAGCAGUGCUAUUUCCGCUUUUCCUAAUGGUUCUUAUGGGCUGAAUGAAUGUGCAAGGUUGUUUAAAGUACCUAAAACUACACUAAAAAGACAUCUCGAAGAGAAAAACAAACGUGCAAAUAAUGCAAUUAAAAAAAUGGGCAGGUUUAGUGUAUUUAAUGAAGAAGUUGAAGCAGAAUUGGCUAAGCAUAUUUUGAUUUUCGAAGAGCGAAUGUUCGGGAUGGGCAUACGAGACGUCCGCAAACUGGCAUUUGAAUUGGCAACAAGAAACAAUUUGAAACACAAUUUCAACACAGAUAAACGUAUGGCAGGUAAGAAGUGGUAUUAUGGCUUCAUGUCAAGACAUAAAGAAAUAUCGGUACGGCAGCCGGAGAAGACAUCAAUGGCAAGGGCUGCAGGAUUUAGCAAAGCACGAGUUGAUAAAUUCUAUGAGCUUUUAAAAACGAUCUGUGAAGAGGAUAAAUUUACCGCCACACGCAUAUUCAACGUCGAUGAGACAGGUUGCUCAACCGUACAACGGCAAUGUCAGAAAAUAUUAGCCAAGAAGGGAAAACAUCAAAUUGGGAAGCAUUUCUAG